AUGGGGGUCAAUCAAGCAAAAGCAAUACAUGUUGUAACAGAGAAUGAGGAAGAACAGUGCAAUGAAGAAGAAACAGAGAAAGGAGGGGAGGCGCGUGGAAGAACAGAAUACAACAUGCAAGUGGCAGAGCUACAGGAGUCUGCAGCCAGUGGAGUAGGUAUUGACCAGGCAAAAAAUAAUGAGAAGAAGGGAGAGGAAAAUUCUAGAAAUCAGGAAAGUAGAGAAAAAGUAAGAAUGGAAGGAGCAGAGCAGGUGGGAGAAAUCCCAAAAAAUCAGCUGACUAAUGGAGGAAAUCAAGGGAAAGAAGAUCAGAGACAGAUGGGGAUAUUGGGUAAAGCUACACAGCAACAAAGAGGCAAAGAGGCCAAGUGGAGUAUAAACAAAAAUGGGCUUGGCCCAAAGAAGGUAGGACAAGUCUUAGGAGGCAUAAGAUUAUUUCAAGAAGGAGAGCCCACUAAAAAGUGUCCAAGCAAUGCAAAUUAUGAAGAAGAAAAAAGCUACUCAUGCACUAAAGGCCCAAGCAAGGGUAAUACAAGGCUGCCAACGUAUACUGGGUAUGGGAGUAAAGAAAUGAUGCAACAGGAAAAAGAUACUGAAAUAGAAGGGGCCAAGACAAUCAGGGAGUUAUUAAGGGAGAAAUUUGGGAAGAGAAAUGAAGCCAAUACAGAACAGAGGAAGAUUGAGCAUAUGGAAGUCACAGUAGCGGAAAAUAGGGAGGAGACACAAAGUGAAAGCAUAUGGAAUUAUAGAAAACAGAAUAUCGAAGAAGUGGGAAAGAAGAAAGCCAGGAAAACACAAGUCCAUAGAGAUGGUAAGGGAAGCUUCUACUUGGUGGAGUUGGCUAGUGAAGAUGAUGAAGAGCAAGAGCAGCAACACCGUAGGGAGAAUACAGAAAACUGGGAAAUUGAAUUGGCAAACAAGAUGCAAUACAAAUUAAACAUUAAAAGGAAAAGAGAUUCAAUAGAAAGGCUCACAAUUCUGGAUUCAGAUGAGACGAAGAUGGAACAGCAGACUAUGAUAACGCGAAGCAAAAGGAGCAAAGUUGAGUACAAGACCGAAGGGAAAAACACCAGAGAACUGACUAUAAGAGGUGAUCACAGCAACUUUUCUUUUGAUAUGGCUGAGGAGGCGGGCCGACACAUGCCCCACCUAGAGCCAUGA